UCUUUUCAUCAACAUUAUUAUGCAUUUAAAAAAUAUCAAUCAAUAACCUCUCAUAAAUCAUAAUCCUAUAUUAUCCUUAUCCAAAAUCCCCCUCUUCCUCAUUCAUCGGCAAUGAUUUCCGCACUUUUUCCCUGCAACCAAGCAAAAAAUUCACUCCCCAAAAUUCGCUUCGCAGGAAAAUCAAACGAGAUGCCCGGUCGAACCGUCCGAAGGAUUUAGCUCGUUACUCUCAAAUCCGUCUUUUUCCACCGAACAUCAACCGAUGGCGCUUUUAGUUCCGGCGCCGGGAAUUUCAUCAUUCGGCGUCGUCGGAAGGCCGAGAAGAAUUUAUCUCCGCUCCAGAAGGACGAAUUUCAGUUUUACUGUCUACGCGGGCGUUAAGGAUGUCGAGAAGGAGGUAAUGAAAUCGAGGGUUGAUUAUGGCUACGAGGAUACUGUGAGAUGGUUGUACGAGAGGGUGAAGCAGACCGAGGCAGAUGCUGCGCCGUUUUCAGCCGUUAGUAGUAAGGACGAUGAAGAGAAGAAGAAUGAUUACUAUGUGAAUACGGGUUAUGCGAUUCGGACCCUCCGAGAGGAGUUUCCGAAGCUUUUCUACGAGGAACUCAGCUUUGAUAUCUACAGGGAAGAUAUAGUCUUCAAAGAUCCACUCAACACAUUUUCCGGCAUAGAGAACUACAAAUCAAUCUUCUGGGCACUAAGAUUUUACGGGAGGAUAUUCUUCCGGGCUCUGUGGGUUGAUAUCGUGAGUGUGUGGCAGCCCACGGAGAACAUGAUAAUGGUCCGUUGGACUGUGCACGGCAUCCCACGAAUCCCUUGGGAGGUUCGUAGCAGAUUUGAUGGCACCUCAGAGUACAAGCUAGACAGGGAAGGAAAAAUAUACGAACACAAGGUCCACAAUAUUGCUCUUAACGGGCCCCACAAGUUCCAGGUGCUGUCUGUGGACCAGUUGAUCCAGUCAGUAGGGUGCCCAUCUACACCAAAGCCCACUUACUUCGAGUUAUCAACCUCUUCAUCAACAAAUAGGUCGCCUUUGGUGAAUUUAUCUGCUGUUAAAUUCGUUAUAGUAAGCUGUACCGUGCGGUAUAGUUUGUGUAGUCUUCUUGAUCUGUAUAGCAGCAUGUCGAAUUGGCCGGCAGGUCGACCCGAAAUCGGGACUGGUCCAAGUGGGUUGCUUGGACCAGAAGUGGGAUUUGAACCCACGCCCUCUAUCGAAGACCAGAACUACCCAAUGAUAAAUCAAACGGGUAUGGUUCCGUUUAAUUCCGCCCACACGCCCUGGCCGGCUCCGCCUCCGCCUCCGCCGCCGCCGCCGCCUCUGCCGCCAGUGCCACCACCAACUGCUUCUUUCUGGACCGCCGGAAACGUUAGCAGCCGCCUUGAAGAACUUCAAGAUACUUUAAACCUAGCCAAAGCAAUGCAAAAAGAGUUGGAGAUGUUCAUUCAGAUGAAAGAAAUGGAAGUAACUACAACAGGUGAAGCUAAAAGGCAUGGUGAUAUGUCCAUGGAUAGGUUUCUUGAGUUUAUGAAGGACAAUAAACUUGACUUGAAAUUCCAAGAGUCAAUGUCGCUGAACUCUGCGAAUGCCAUAAUGUCGAAACUGAGAUUUCAGUUGGAGCCCUUCAGGGUUGUUACAGAUGGGAAUACGCCCUGGGAGGAAAAAUCUGCUGUGAAAAGAUUAGCGGAUAAAAUGGAGAAGUAUAAAAGAAAUAAACUUUGGCGAAAAAGGAAGAGAAGGAGAGUAGCUGAGAAUUUAGCCAGAGAGCGUGAGCAGUUUGAUAAAAUAGAUAAAGAAGCUGAUGAAUGGAGGGCUCGGGAGAUUGCUAAAGAUAUUGCACAAAAGAAGGUAGAAAAGAUGAAGGAAAUAGCCAAGAUAAAGGCAAAAGAGGAAAAGAAAAAACUGCAAUCUGAGCUCGAGCUAGUGUUGAUAGUUGAAAAGCUGCAGGAGUUACGCUCAAUCAGAAUACAGAAACUGAAAAAACAAGGUCAUUUUUUCCCGGAAGAAGAUGAUAAAUUUCUCGAACGUGUUAGAGCUGCAGUCGAGGAGGAGGAACGUCAAUCCAUGGUGGCAUCUGUUACAGAUGCUGCUAAAGAUGCUAUUGCUAAUGCUGAGGAGUCAACAAAAGAAAUCCGCAAUCAUUCACUCAAUUCGGAAAAAUUAGAGCUUAAUAAUGAUGGAGGUGGGGAAAGGCAAGACCAGAAGAACGAGAUUAGUAAUGAAGGAGCUUCAGAAAUGUUUGUCCAAGAAGCUAAAAGACGUGAAAUGAAUGGACCAUCUUCAGGCAGCUUGUACGACUCUGUUGCUAAUUUGCCCAUGGAAUUUUACCAUUACUAUCAUGGGAGCAAUACCGAUAUGGGCACGCUCAUUGAGGUUAGAAGAACAUGGGACACGUACAUACGACCUGGAGGAAGCCGUAUACCUGGUCAUUGGGUUCAACCGCCACCCCCAGCAGAUGAUGUGAACGCAAUUUUCUUGGUUAAAUGCACAGCCUCCUUUUCUGGUCAGGCAAAACUGGAGGCCAAUGGGCCGUUACAUUCACAAGGCCCACAGCUAACUAAAACCCACAUAUCCCGGCCCACUAACAAACAAACGGCAACUUGGUUACAUCAUCAUCACCAGACAAAUCCCCGUCUUUUCCAGGAAUUUUCUAACAGAAGAUUUUCCGGCGCGUGGAUCGGCGUGCAGAUGUGGAACUCGGUCGCUAAUUUGAAGGAGAGCCUGAGUAAGAUCGCACUCGACGUGCAUGACGACGACGACGAGCCUUCGAUUAGCACUCCUCAGUCGCGCGAUCGGCUCGAGAAUGGGAUUUCGGUCUCUGAGCGGAGAAUUUCGCGCAGUUUCAGUCGUUCUAAUUCUCCGAUCGUCAAUGGGUUUGAUUCCCCACCGACUCCCGAGAUCCAACAAUACAAAACAGAAAUUAAGAGACUUCAGGAAUCCGAGGCGGAAAUAAAGGCUCUUUCAGUUAAUUAUGCGGCUUUGUUGAAGGAGAAAGAGGAUCUGAUUUCAAAAUUGACUGAAGAAAAUGGCUCAUUGAAACAAAAUCUUCUCACCACAAAUGCUGCUCUCAGUGCAACUACAGCCGUGCCUAAGGGGAGUGUCAAUAUUUCUCCCAGGUCCAAUAAGUUUGCAACAAAAGUACGUACCAAUGGAAGCCCAUUAUCCAAUGGAAUCAUAUCUAAACGCGAUGAAUUAAGCAAUGGAACCAUUUCAAAUAAUGGAAAGGAACUCUCAGAUCAGAUGGAAGACAAAAAUAAAUCCCUUGCAGAGUUGCAAGCAACACAUGAAUCACAAAUGAAACAGAUGGUGGUCGAGCUUGACAAAGAACGUGGUAGAUUAGCUACUAUGCGGUCAAGAUUAGAAGAGGAGCAGAAGUUGAACAGAUCAUUUCAGCAGGAGUUGGGCUCUUUAAAAGAUGAAAACAAUAAAAUGUUGAAAGAGGUGCAGAGAACACGUGAUGACCUAAAUCAGAAAAUAUCAGAGAUUGGGAGAUUGCAGAUAGAGUUACAGCGAAGAGAUGCAGAUGAAACAAAUGGCACUAUAGUUGAAUUGAAGACAGUAAUUGCUACCUUGGAGAAUGAAACUAGAAAUAUUAAGAAAGAAAAAGAUGAACUUGAGGCUGCCUUAAAAGCAAUUACUUCUGAUCCAGUUCCCAAAGGCGCACCUGCUGAUGUUGAUCCUUCAAAUAAGCGUACCAGUCAGAUGAGUGAGGAAUCACCAUGGAAGGAGGAAAUGCAGCAAUCUUUGCGUAAGCUGGAGAACGAUUUGAAGGAAGCAUCCCGAGAGAGGGACAAAGCGUUGUAUGAGUUAAAUCGUCUCAAACAGCAUUUAUUGGAGAAGGAAUCUGAAGAAUCCGAGAAGAUGGAUGAGGAUAGUAAGGUCAUCGAGGAACUGCGAGAAAUCAACGGACACCAAAGAGUUCAAAUAUCACGUUUGGAGAAAGCUCUUACACAGGCCAUUGCAGGUCAGGAAGAAAUAAAAGUGUCCAGCAGUAAUGAGCUGAUGAGGGCUAAAGACACCAUAGACGAGCUUGAUAGAAAAUUGACCAGCUGUUUGAGCACAAUAGAUGCCAAAAACAUGGAAAUUUUGAAUCUUCAAACUGCACUCGGACAGUAUUAUGCCGAAAUUGAAGCUAAGGAACGUCUCAUUGAGGAGUUAUAUUUUGCAAAAGAAGAAUCUGCUAGACUCACGAAUCAGUUGAAGGAAGCACACCAGCAAGCGAACGUGUCAAAGAUGGAAAAAGAAGAAAUCCUGGGCAGGCUUUCAGAAGCCGAAAGGACUCUUGCUGAUGGGAAGAGCAGAGUUAAGAAGCUUACGGAGGACAAUGAAAAACUCCGAAGGGCUCUUGAGCAAAGCAUGACGAGGUUAAAUAGGAUGUCAGUGGACUCGGAUUUUCUAGUUGACAGGCGCAUUGUGAUCAAAUUACUGGUGACAUAUUUUCAACGAAACCACAGUAAAGAGGUUCUGGAUCUAAUGGUUCGCAUGCUCGGAUUUUUGGAUGAAGACAAGCAACGGAUAGGCAUCGCCCAGCAAGGGGCCGGCAAAGGUGUAGUUAGGGGUGUGUUGGGUCUUCCGGGUCGACUGGUCGGGGGUAUUUUAGGCAGCGGCGGCGGCUCAGCUGGAAGCCAGGCAGCCAUGGCAUCUGACAACCAGUCCUUUGCAGAUUUAUGGGUGGACUUCCUUCUUACUGAGACCGAAAAAGAAAAGAGAGGGUUGGCAGAAGGUUCCAAUCCGGCCCAAGACAACACGGAAACUUCCCCUUCUCCUUCCACAGAUCACAAGGGGUCAUCAUCAUCAUCUGCUUCGAGUUAUUUGCAUAGCCCAUUCGACAGUCGAAGCCAAAUGCAAUCACAUUCUCGUCCAAACUUCAUGCAACGUGAGAAUUCCGACUCGGAGUUUUCAACCGUACCCCUCACCUCAUCGGAAAGCAAUUCCCAGGGCUCGAGGCUACUCCCAAGAUACUGAGUUAAUAUAUUUUUUUUUAUUUUUUUUUUUUGAGAUGCUGUAAAUAUACAAAUUGAAGUACAGUACAGAUUUCACUCCCUAUGUAUGUUUGAUGCCUUGUGGUUCUUUCAAUUUUUUUGUGUCCUCUGCGGAAGGAGAGGAGCCAGCCGACUCGGCCGGCUGUAUAGGCAUUACCAUAUAUAUACACAUCACUCCCAUUUUUCCAUUAGUGAAAACUUUUUGGGUGUCCAAAUACAUGUAAUCUUGUGUUGCAAUAAGUAGCAAUAUAAACGGUUUGUGUGAACAA